AUGACACAACUUCCCUAUGCAGUGGAUGCGGAAACUCCGCUCAAUGCCGCCGAGCUCAAUGUUCUCCGGGCGCAAUAUGAGAAGGAGGGGGAGAUGGUCGGCGUCCAGACCAAGUUCAACUACGCAUGGGGCCUAGUAAAGUCCAACGUACGAGCCGACCAACACCUCGGCGUCAUGCUGCUAUCAGAAAUCUUCCGAACAUCCCCCGAGCGCCGCCGUGAAUGCCUAUACUACCUCGCCCUCGGCAACUACAAGCUCGGCAACUACGCGCAAGCGAGGAAAUACAACGACGCCCUGCUAGAAAACGAGCCCGCGAACCUCCAGGCCGCCAAUCUCCGGGCCCUGAUCGACGACAAGGUGACCAAGGAGGGUCUGAUGGGCGUGGCCAUCAUUAGUGGUGUGGCUGUUGCCGCUGGUGUUAUAGGAGGUGUUUUGCUCAGGAACUUGGGCCGCAAGAGGUAA